GCACAUACUGUAAUCAAUAUUAACCGAGGUGUAACAAUUGAAGUGGCCCUAAAUUCUACAUCCGUUUCUGGUACAACUUAUCCCGACUCAACGAGAUUAUGAGACCUAAAAGACAAAAGCCUAUUGAAAUGGCAGCCAGUUUCAUUGAGGCAGGAAAGGAUCCUCCUGACUACGUAAUGGAGGUUAUUCCUCCAAAAGGACGAGGUGUCAAAACCAAAGUAAAUAAACAACAACACGACUUCAUCCUUAAUUAUUAUGGUGACCUUAUCACUGGAGAAGAGGGCGAGAAGAGAGAAAAGGACUGUGAGUCAACGUUUAGGUACUUUUUCAAGUACCAGGGCAAGGAUUGGUGUCCUUGAAAACAAAAGAAAAAGAUGGGAGAAUGUAGACUUGAAAAGAAAAUCAGAAUCAGACAAAUCUGGGAAGCAGUCUGUUGAUGAUGAGAACCAGUCCACAACUAAUGAAGACCAGUCUGGUGUAGAUGAAAAAGGAGAUAAUCAGAAUGAAGAAGUGGAUUCUAGCUGGAACAACUGAUACGUAUUAGACCUUCCUGAUUCUAGUAGUAACUCACCUGAUGAUGAUGAAGAUAACAAAUCAGAUAUUGACCUCCCUGAUGAUAUAGAUAUUGAACUUGGAGAAGGUGAACUAGAAAGUGACAGAGAAGGCACUGAGAGAACUGAAGCUAAAUUUGAUAGGGAGUUUGAAUCUCAUGAUAAUGAAGAAGGUAUUGA